CAAUCAAAUUCAUCAUUAUUUUUUUUAACAUUUUUUAUAUUCAUUAUUUGGUUACAAAUUUUUCAUAAUGUAUAUGUUCAAUCAUAUCCAAGUACAACAACAAAACAACUGGUGGUUACAUCCACCAUUCCUACAUUAUUAUUAUCAUCAUCAAAUGAUAGUUUUCAUCAACAGGAAAGAGCUUCAACAUCACCAUCAUCAUCAUCAUCAACAUCAACAGCCACAACGAUAUCAACGAUGGACACGACGGAAAUGGUUGAAAUUCCUAUUACAAUUUCAACUGCAGCCAGUACAAUAUCGGAUAUUAAAGAGAAUACAAAUUCUGAAGGCACAAUCACUACAUUAGAAAAUUCUAAUGAUAAAAUUUCAUCAACAUACAAUAAUUCAUCAAAUGAAACAGGAAAUUUGCUUACACAAACAUCAUCAUCAUCAUCAGCAGCAGCAACAACAAUUGCAGCCGAUUUAUUAUCGAUACCGGAAUUUGUUCUAAAUCUAAACGCUAGCUCAUCAUUUGUAUCAAAUUGUACGAAUGUUGAAUUUUAUUGUGAAAUAAUACCAUUGAAACCCAUAACGGAUAAUCCGUUAUUGAAUUCAACAGCCAUUUGGUGGAAAUUUCGUGGCCAAAAUGUUUCCUCAUCAACUCUUCCAGGUGGCCGUGUGAUAAAUCGUCAGGAUAAUAUACAUUUAUCCAUAUUAAAUAUUGAAUGUGCUCAAUUCGGUAUACAUGAUGGUGAUUAUAGCUGUCAUUCAUCGUCAUCAUAUACAGAAAUCUCAGGAUCUCAACAUUUUUUCAUUACAAAUAGUUCUAACUUAUAUUUUGAAAUUUCGGUUCUUGUGAUGGAAUCCAUUGAACCACAAAAUCGUACAAUAAGCCAGGAAAUCGAUACUGCCGCGCAGUUAAUAUGUCAUGUGCUUGGUUAUCCUAAACCACAAAUUGUUUGGCAACGAUAUGACCCAAACACAUUGAUUACAACUGAUAUUGAAUCUGAUGGCCGUGUCGAUAUUGAAGAUCAAUUUCUUCCCGAAUCAUCACAUGAUAUUGUGGAAAAUCCAUUGAAUCCAUUGAAAUUAUUUCAAAGUAUACUUCGUUUUGAAUCAUUACGUCGUUCCGAUAAUGGUACCUAUGUUUGUCGAGCUAUCGAUAUUCAUCGAUUGGAAAAACCUAAAACACAAGAUUUUCAGGUGAUCGUAUUGGAAGUACCGGAAAUUCAUAUCGAAAAGAUUGAAAUUGAAAAUAAAAUAACUGCUGUCAUCUCAUUUGUUGUUGAUUAUGAUGGUAAUCUUCCUAUCGAACGAUAUUUACUGGAAUUACGAAACUAUACAAAUGAUGAUGAAAAUUCAACAUGGAUCCAAUUGGAUACACCACCACCAGAAUCAAUAUUGACCGAACAUAAUUAUUCAACGAUAAAAGUGAAUGAUCUCGUACAUGCAGCCACAUAUGGUUUUCGUUUAGCUGCUACCAAUCAAAUUGUUGGCCAAUCCGAAUGGAGUAUGAUGAACAUAACGGUACCUGCCGAUGUACCUAGUCCAAUUAAUAAUGUACAUUUAUUAUCAAAAUCAAAUGAAACAUUAUUAUUUGGAUGGCGACGCCCAUUACAUGAUAACGGUGCAGCAAUUAUUCAAUUUCAUCAGAUACUUAAAGAUGAUCAUGAUGUGAUAAUUUGGAAUCAGACGAUCAACAAUACGCAAUCACGAAAUAAACACAUGUCAUUAUUUUCUAAUCUACAACCAGGCACACAUUAUUCAUUCCAGAUUCGUGCUUGUUCACAUAUCGGUUGUGGUGAUUGGUCAUCGAUAUUCGAAGUUGUCACUUCGGAUGGCCAUUCCGAUCCACCCAGAAAUAUUCAUAUUGAAUGUUUUUUCGAUACAAAAUUAGCACAGACAAAUGCAACAAUCAAUUGGGAAGAACCAUCAAAUCCACGUGGUUCAAUCAUUGGUUAUAAUAUAUCAUUACGUGGUCAUACAACACAAUCACAACGAUUUUUUGAAUCAUUCGAACAAUCGUAUCAGGUGACCGGUAAUGAAACAUUCAUAUAUCAUGCUGUAUUGAAACCAAAUUCCAAUUACACGGUACGAAUAUGUGCAAUAAAUAAAUCUGGCUGUGGACAAUUAUCACCAUUAACCUCAUCAUCAAUGUGCCAAUCAAGUCCAACUGUUCCGUCCGAAUUUCCUUCAGGCAUACGUUUAGAACGUGUUAGACCAUCAUCAUCAUCAUCAUCAUCAUCAUCGACAAUUUCAACAAGUAAUAGCCAUUAUUCUGGUAUGAGAGAUAAAGAAACUGUUCAUCAGCCAUUUAUUGGACAACAACAUCAACAUCAUAAUCUUUAUCAACAACAACAGCAACAGCCACAACCAGAACGGCAAUUGAAAUUACAUGUGCCACGAAUUUCCGAACGUAAUGGUCCAUUUCGUUGUAUUCGUAUAAUUGUGAUACGUCUUCCAUCUCAUUCUUCGUCCUCUUCAUCAUCAUCAAAUAUUUCUGAUAUUAGCAAUAGCAACAAUACUGAUCAACAAAGUGAUAUAUUUAGCCAAUAUCUUGAUCCUGAUGGUUCUUAUCGAAAUCGAAUUCCAUUAAGUACCUAUAAAUUAGUACAUUCAAAAAAUGGUUUAAGUAGUGAAACAUUUGGUGCUUAUAUUGCCAAAGAAUUUACACCGGAAUCAUUUCCUAGUGAGAUUAUUUUAGGUGAUGGUAAAAUUUCACGUUGCUAUGAUGAUGCACUUGAAUAUGAUCUCAAAUCACGUAUCAAACAUAGUCGACAUUAUUCACAGCAGCAACGACAACCGAAUGAUGAAUCUAUCGGUGUUGGUAAUUCGGAUGAUAAUCGAUCACCUAGACGAAUUAAUUAUGAGCUUCGAUCAACUAGAAUGCCCGAAAAUCAAAAUGAAUCUUAUGAUGAAUUUUUCGAACUAGAAGAUGAACAUCUAGUUGAGGAUCGUGAACUAUUUCCAAAUACAUAUUAUUCCGCUGCAAUAGAAGUUACAGUAAUGGCUGUCAAUCAUACAUUAUUGGUUGAACAAAGUCCAUGGACUGAACCGGUUCGAACUGAACCAAUUUUGACAAUCAUUCCACAAUCAAGCCAUUCAUUCUCGGAAACAACCACUGGAAUAAUAUAUGGAACAUUUUGUGGCCUAUUACUUAUCAUGACAUUAUUUUUUUCAGUACUUUGUUUCUUAAAACGUAAAGCAACCGAAGCAACAACACCCGUUCUAUUAGAUGAUGAAAGAAUUGGAUUAUCUAAUUUUAUUCGACGAACUUUAACCGGACGAAAACAUAAUAAAGAUCAGACACUUUUCUAUCAAUUGAAUUUUAAUUCAACACAGGCUAUACGAAAAUGGGCCUCAAAACCGAUACCUAUACAGAAUUUGGUAGCCGUUUUUCAACAAAGACGAACAAAUUCAGAUUUUCUCUUUCAAGCCGAAUUUGAAUCGCUUCCUGAAAGUUUUCCGGAUCGUACGACCAUUGCAAGUGAUGCAAUCGAAAAUGCAACAAAAAAUCGAUAUCCGGACAUAAAAUCAUAUGAUCAAACUAGAGUAGUAUUGAAAAAGAUUGAUGAUAUAGAAGGGUCGGAUUAUAUAAAUGCCGAUUUCGUAAACGGUGGCCUUAAACAAGACAAACGUUUUAUCUGUGCACAAGGACCAACACAGAAAACUGUUCCGGAUUUUUGGCGUAUGAUCUAUGAACAACAGUGUUGCAUAAUUGUCAUGCUGACCGGCAUUGAAGAACAAGGCCGAAUAAAAUGUGCACAAUAUUGGAAUGAUGAAGAUGGCGAACAGCCAUUAUCGUUUCCGGAUGCAUUUCCAUCUAGUCAUUUUCAUGUAUCCACUAUAUUUCGUCGUGAAUAUUCUGAUUAUGUUAUUCGAAGAUUUAGUUUGAAAAAUACGAAAACCGAAGAAUGCCGUGAUAUACUACAUUUUCAUUUUGUUGCAUGGAAAGAUUUUCUAGCACCAGAUCAACCAUCAUGGUUAUUACGUUUCAUUAAACGUGUUAAUGAACAUUAUUGUAAUGAUCGUGGCCCUAUCGUUGUACAUUGUUCAGCCGGUGUUGGCCGUACCGGAACAUUCAUUGCAAUCGAUUCGUUGAUUAGUCAGAUUGAUGAUGGUGCCCAAGAGAUUAAUGUAUUUGAUUGUGUAUCUAGGCUUCGUUAUCAACGUAAUUUUCUAGUACAAUCACUUCGACAAUAUAUUUUUGUAUAUCGUGCCAUAAUGGAAUAUGUUGAAUUUGGUGAUACAGAAAUUGAAGCCGGACAUAUACGUGAUCAUUAUAAACAAUUAAAAGAACAGAAAACCGAAUCUGGCAAUGGUGUGUUCAGUGAAUUUGAGAAAUUGAACGAAGUAUUUGAGGAACCAAAAUCCUGUGUAGUAGGCCAUCUGGAAACGAAUAAACUUAAAAAUCGUUAUUCAUUUAUUAUUCCAUAUGAUAUCAACAGAGUGAUAUUGAAUCCAUCACAAGAUACUUGCUAUAUCAAUGCUUCGUUUAUUCAGGGCUAUGAUCAUACACUUUCGUUUAUUGUUGCACAAGAUCCACUUGAACAUACUGUCAAUGAAUUCUGGUGGAUGAUUGCUGAACAUGCUGUUACGACAAUGGUCAUGUUGGCCGAACUUGGUGAUGGCCAAAAUAAAUGUCAUCAAUAUUGGCCAGCAUCAGUGGAUACAACAUUUGAUUGCGAUUUUGUUAAAGUAAAAUUGAUUGAAGAAGAAAUGUUUCAAUAUUAUGUUAAACGUGUAUUCCAUGUUACUAAAAAGAAGACUAAUAAAAGCCAUGUGGUGAACCAAUAUCAAUUUUUUUCAUGGAAAUCCGGAGUUGUGGUACCCGAAUCUACCAAAUCAUUAAUCACAUUGACCGAUGCAAUUUUGUUGGCCAAUAACCCGAAUAAUAACAAUAAUAAUAAUAAUAAUGGUCCAGAAAUUAUCAUCAAUUGUUCUAAAUAUAAUGGAAAAUCACAAUCAACGGCAACAUCAUCAUCUUCACCCAUUUUAGUUCAUUGUAGUGGUGGUGGUGAUCGAUCGUCAGUAUUUGUUUCAUUCGCUAGUCUUGUACGACAAUUACAGCUAGAGGAAAGAGUUGAUGUAUUUCAAACGGCAAGAUAUACAAAAUCACAACGACAGUGUAUGUUACAAACUAUUGCUCAAUAUGACUUUUUAUAUCGUUGUCUUAUCGACUACAUGGAUUGUCAUCACAUUUGCAAUAAUAGUGAUACGCAACUAUGAAUUCAUGCUUAUAAAUUGUGUGUGUAUUGGUGGUGGUGGUGGAACAAAAGGAAGAAAAAAAAAUCGAAUACGGAAUUAAUUUAAAGAAUCUUAUUCACCACUAAUUAAGAAGAAUUUUUGCAUCGAAAAAAAAGAAGAAAAAAUGAACAACAAUAAAUAAUAAUGAGAAUGUUGCCUUUUUCUCAUUAUAUUAAUAUUUUUUUUCCACCAAUUCCAGAUGUUAUCGUUGUCAUUGUUGUUGUUAAUAUUAAUAUUUGUAAAUGUUGAAUCCGGAAUCAUUGCCCGUACUUCUUUGUAAAAGAAAACAAAAAUCCCCUUGCAUCUUUCAUUAUCAUCAUCAUUUAAAUUAAGACUUGUUUUCA